AUGGACAGCGCGGCCGCCGCCGCCUUCGCGCUGGACAAGCCGGCGCUGGGCCCGGGACCGCCGCCGCCCGCGCUGGGGCCCGGCGACUGCGCCCAGGCGCGCAAGAACUUCACGGUGAGCCACCUCCUGGACCUGGAGGAGGUGGCGGCCGGGCGGCUGGCGGCGCGGCCCGCGGCCAGGGCCGAAGCGCGCGAGGGCGCGGCGCGGGAGCCGUCCGGGGGCAGCAGCGGCAGCGAGGCGGCGCCGCAGGACGGCGAGUGUCCCAGCCCCGGGCGAGGUGGCGCCGCCAAGCGUAAGAAGAAGCAGCGGCGGAACCGCACCACGUUCAACAGCAGCCAGCUGCAGGCGCUGGAGCGCGUGUUCGAGCGCACGCACUACCCCGACGCCUUCGUGCGCGAGGAGCUCGCCCGGCGCGUCAACCUCAGCGAGGCGCGCGUCCAGGUCUGGUUCCAGAACCGCCGCGCCAAGUUCCGCCGGAACGAGCGGGCCAUGCUGGCCACGCGCUCCGCCUCGCUGCUCAAGUCCUACGGCCAGGAGACGGCCGUCGAGCAGCCGGUGGCCCCACGGCCCACCACCCUGAGCGCCGAUUACCUCUCCUGGCCGGCGUCGUCCCCUUACAGCUCGGUGCCACCCUACAGCCCUGGGGGCUCAGGCCCCACCACCCCAGGGGUCAACAUGGCCAACAGCAUAGCCAGCCUCCGCCUCAAGGCCAAGGAGUUCAGCCUGCACCACAGCCAGGUGCCCACUGUGAACUGACAGGCAGGGACCCAGCGGCCCUGGCCCGACACAGGAAAGAGGACAGCUGGACAGGAAGUGGCCCUCCUGUCCCUGUGCCCAGGGCUGGCCAGCGCUCCUACCCACAUCUCCAGCCUGGACUCCUGAGCCCAGAAGGCCCCGGGGCACCCAGAGUGCGGCUCGGCGCGUCUGUCGGCAGCGGCUGGAGACUGCCACCCUGGCCCGCAACGGGCUGGGCUGGACAGCGGGACGGGAGCCCGCCAAGGACCUCGAUUACUUUGUGUAUUAAAACCAAAAGGCUUUGUCUUUAAGAAAUAAAACCAUUUUUUUUUAAGCUCCAAAAGGUCGUGGGAGGGUGGAUAAGGGGAUCUGGGACCCUUCUCUGGCCUGCAGCAGUCACAGGGCCACCCUGGGCCUGGCUCAGACCAGCCGUCUCCGAGGCACACUCACACAGUCCCUUGGAACGUCGUCCACAGUCACCCUGCAGGGCCCACGGCUGGGGGCUGGGGUAGGGGACAGAAAUCUGCCCUGGGCUUCAUCUCCCGUUCUGAACCCUAAGGGACCCUUGCUGUGUGACGGGGCGGGGGCACCUCCACUCUAUGCUGGGACAGGAUAGACAGCCACUGAUUUCUGAGUGGCUGGAUGGAGUGCGGGCGAUGCUGGAUUAGGUUCCCCUCUUCCUGGGACACCGAGGCAUGGGACAGCUGUCCCCCCCAAACCCAUUCACAAACAAUAACUGGAGGUGGCAGAGGACACACGUGCCACCAGUGACACUGCUUAGGAGGGACCUGCAUAAUCUGGGUGGCCAGAGUGGACGGAGGCUGCCCCACCUCCUGCCGGCUCUUCUGGGUGCUCACCCUCCAGGGGAGGUGCAGACCCCAGCCCAGCCCAGGGGCACUGGACGAUCUGCACCCGGGAGCCUCAGGUUCAGACCCCAGCCCUGGGGUGGGGACACAGCCCGUGAUACCUGGAUGGGGGGAACACGAUGAGCAGAUUUGCCAUAUCUACCCAAAAGUGCUAGCCGUGGGCCCCAACUUCUAGAUGGCCUCAAGCAGGCAAAGCCUCGAUGCUAUUGCAGAACAUGUCGGCCGUCUCCCCUCAGCCGACACCCCACACACCUUUGUUUUGGUGCUAGGGACAGAACCCAGGGCCCCGCGUGUGCUCAGUAAGUGCUCUGCCACCGAGCUAUGCCUCCAGCCCUGAAGUCCUCGAUUCUGUUUGAGACGUCUGUAGCCACACUGAGGGACCUGGGGACCUCCCAUCCCUGCGGCCCCGACACACCCUUCAUUUGCUCCCCAUACUCCAUCUGCAGUUGGGCCAUGGGGACCUGGCUCCGGUGGCUUGAGCGUGGCCCCUUCAGAGGAGCAGGGUCAGUGGGCAGCUGUGGCAGGAGGCUCCUCGGAGGCAGGAGAGCCUGGGCUCCAGGACACCUGGCGAGGCCCAGAGCUCGAUGGCGACGCCUCCCGUCCUCCUGCCUCUCCGCCCCUCCUCACACCUUGAAGCUCCGUGAAGAGUGGGGCUGGGGCUACUGGCCAGAGAUGGGCUCCCACAGGUGGGGCCUGAAAGGUGGGUCCCAGGAGCGCCAGCCUUG